GAGCCAAGCUUUCACACACACGCACACGCUCACACACACACACACACGCUCACUCUCACUCAUACACAGCGCGGUCAACAAAGCGAAAACAAAAAGUAAAGCGACAACGGAGAGAACAGCGGCACCUCUUGAGAACAGCUUUACAGCACUCAAAAAACACACACACACACAAUCUCUCUCCAGCCCUCACCAGCCAGGAACUCUCCUCAAAGGCAAGAAACAGGACCGGGCAAAAGAAAACUUUUUUUGUUGCUGUUUCAAAGCUGGGUGAGGUGGUGGUGGUGGUGGUGGUGAGGGGGGGAAGAAACGGAAGAGAAGAUGCACAGAAAUCCUCGGUUAAAAAGAAAAUAAAGAGGACCCGCAAACUGAUGAAUAAAUGAUUGGUUUUCCAGGCACAGUUGAAACCGAAUUCAAGAGAUUGACAUUUCUGGAUGCGUUGACAAGUCUCCAGUCCUGUUUGGAUUUACAAAUGACUUGAAUACUCAAAAGAAAGUCUGCAUUUCUGGUCGUUUUUAAUCCCGACCGAGGUAAACCUUGAACUUUAUGCUGUGGAGACUCGAGGGAUUCCUGACUGAAUCGAAUCGGCACCUUUUAACUUGAGCGCCUCGCAGUUUUCUGUCACUGUGCACUCAGCGCAGGCAGUGGUCAGUGGAAUCGCAGUGCCCAUGACUGUGAAGAGCACAUAUAGAUGAUGACUGAGGCUGGGCGGGGCCGCAGCAGUCGGAUUGGCAGCAGCUCUGGAGGAAUGAUCACCCUGUGGUACGCACUCUGCCUCUGCUUAGUCACCGUCACCAGCGUCCCAGCUGCCAGACUCCGCAUUUCAGAACCUGAAGAAAAAUCCACCAGACGCCCUCCUUCAGGCACAGAGUCUUUGGGAAGCCAGCGUACCAUUCUAGAGGAGUUCAUUCUCAGCAAUGGGGACACACUGGAUCUGUCUUGCAAUUCUCAAGGUUCCUCGCUGGCUAUGGUGUGGUUAAAAGAUGGACUUAGAAUUCUGCCUAGCAACAGAACACAAGUAGGACAGAAAGUGCUGAAAAUUAUCAACGUUUCGUACGACGACUCUGGGGUUUACUCCUGCAAACUCUUGGGCACCAGUGAGAUUCUGAGCAACUUCACAAUAAAAGUCGCAGAUUCUUUGUCUUCAGGCGAUGAUGAAGAUGAUGAUGAUGGAUCUGAGGAUGCAGGAGCUCCAUACUGGGCCCGUCCUGACAGGAUGGAGAAGAGACUUCAUGCAGUGCCAGCGGCUAACACAGUUCGCUUCCGGUGCCCGGCUGCUGGAAAUCCCACUCCCACCAUCCACUGGCUGAAGAAUGGCAAAGAAUUUAAAGGUGAACACCGCAUUGGGGGCAUCAAGUUGCGACACCAGCAGUGGAGUUUGGUGAUGGAGAGUGUAGUCCCUUCGGAUCGUGGCAAUUACACGUGCGUGGUCGAGAACAAAUAUGGCAGCAUUACCCACACCUACCAGCUGGAUGUACUCGAAAGGUCUCCACAUCGGCCUAUUCUUCAGGCGGGACUGCCUGCAAACCAGUCAGUGGUUGUGGGCAGCGACGUGGAAUUCCAUUGCAAGGUCUUCAGUGAUGCACAGCCGCACAUCCAGUGGCUUAAACAUGUGGAAGUCAAUGGCAGCAAACUGGGGCCAGAUGGAGCUCCGUACGUCAUGGUGCUGAAAAACAGGAUGAGGGCGAGUAUCUGUGUAGAGCCACCAAUUUCGUUGGCAUGGCUGAAAAGCUGCACUGGCUGUACGUCAACAAACCGAAACCAGACUGCUGGUAUUAACACAACGGAUAAGGAAAUAGAAAUUCUGUACUUGCGAAAUGUUACUUUUGAGGAUGCAGGGGAGUAUACCUGUUUGGCUGGUAAUUCUAUUGGGUAUUCGCAUCACUCUGCAUGGUUGUCCGUUCUGCCAGCGGAAGACUUGGUGAAGGAGGAUGAUUCUGGCUCAGUCUAUGCUGAUGUCCUCAUCUAUGUGACGGGCUGUGUCCUUAUCAUACUGACUGUUAUUAUAGUGAUCAUGUGCAGAAUGAGAACAUCUUCAAAGAAAACCCUGAACCCACCUCCAGUGCAGAAACUCUCCAAGUUCCCGCUGAAGAGACAGGUGUCCUUGGAGUCGAACUCCUCCAUGAACUCCAACACGCCAUUAGUGAGAAUUGCCCGCCUCUCCUCCAGCGAUUCACCAAUGUUGGCCAACGUCUCUGAGCUGGAGCUCCCAGCUGAUCCCAAGUGGGAGUUUCAACGUCCAAGACUGACUUUGGGAAAACCGCUUGGCGAGGGCUGUUUCGGUCAGGUGGUUAUGGCAGAGGCCAUUGGGAUCGAGAAGGACAAGCCCAACAAGCCUAUCACCGUCGCUGUUAAGAUGCUGAAAGAUGAUGCCACAGACAAGGACCUAUCUGAUCUGGUGUCAGAAAUGGAAAUGAUGAAGAUGAUUGGAAAACAUAAAAAUAUUAUUAACCUGCUCGGUGCCUGCACGCAGGAUGGUCCACUCUACGUCAUCGUUGAAUAUGCAUCAAAAGGCAACCUGCGGGAAUACCUCAAAGCACGACGGCCUCCUGGCAUGGAUUAUUCCUUUGACACCUGCAAGGUGCCAGACGAGCAGUUAACUUUCAAGGAUCUUGUGUCUUGUGCCUACCAGGUUGCACGUGGCAUGGAGUACCUGGCUUCUCAAAAGUGUAUUCACCGGGACCUGGCAGCCAGAAAUGUGCUGGUGACAGACGAUAACGUGAUGAAGAUUGCAGACUUUGGCCUAGCCAGGGACGUGCACAACAUUGACUACUACAAGAAAACAACAAACGGGAGGCUGCCAGUGAAGUGGAUGGCUCCGGAGGCACUAUUCGACAGAGUCUACACCCACCAGAGUGACGUCUGGUCAUAUGGAGUCCUGUUGUGGGAGAUCUUUACAUUGGGAGGAUCCCCUUACCCCGGAAUCCCAGUAGAGGAGCUCUUUAAACUGCUGAAAGAAGGCCAUCGGAUGGAUAAGCCAGCAAACUGCACCCACGAGCUGUAUAUGAUAAUGAGAGAAUGCUGGCAUGCAAUCCCAUCACAAAGGCCAACCUUCAAACAGCUGGUCGAGGAUCUUGACAGGGUCCUGACAGUGACAUCAACUGAGGAGUACCUUGACCUAUCAGCACCUUUUGAGCAGUAUUCCCCGGCAUGCCAAGACACUCACAGUACGUGCUCAUCCGGAGACGACUCAGUGUUUGCCCAUGAUGCUUUGCCUGACGAACCUUGUCUCCCCAAGCACCAGCAGUGCAAUGGUGUCAUCAAGACAUGAGACUGUUUGGGACAAAAAGAAACAGGAUUAUAGAACGCUGAACCAUGGACAACUCACAUUGAAGGAAAUACACUGAACCACCUUGGGACUCUUGUCCCCAUUUUACUUCCCACCAUUUUUUGAGCCUUACAUCUUCAAGUGCUGUACCCAUCUAAAACAAAAAAUACUGUUUGGCAUGAAGAAACAUUUUUCUUUUGGAAACAAAAUGUAGAAACUGAAAUGAAACGUUUUGCAAAAAAAAAUCUAGAGGUGAUUACCUUUGACCUCUGACAUUUUGACUGCUAAAGGAACCAUUCUGUGCCUAAGUCGACAAGUGUGUGCUAAAAAACUGAAACAAAAAGACAAUUAUUUUUCUUUACAAAGAGCAUUUAAAUACUUUUUAUUUGUAUGAAGCUGCAGAUUCCAGAAGAGUUGUAAAUAUAUAAAUAUGAAUAUUGUAUGAUAAUGUUUAAAAAACACAGUUGUAUACUUAUGGUUUGCUUGUUUAGGAAAAACACAAAAAUAACUACGAAUAUGAGGAAGCAAAUCCUAAAAUCAUUGCAGUCUAGGAUAUUCAGUAUUAAUCAGGAAAUUAUUAAAGAAACACAUUGUGUAGUGAGCAAGGGAUAAAAUAGUUCAAAAAUCAUUAAUUAUUUGCAAUCUGAUUAGCACAUUGUAUAUUUGUAAAGUUGUUCAUAGACUUUAACAUAUCAUUUUGGUUAAGAGAUUUAUGAGUAUAUAGCUUAUUUACUAAUUACUGUACACAUCUAUAGUUACCUAGGUUCUUAAUUUUUGUUUUUACAUGUUUAUAAUUUUAAUUUAUUACCCGUUUAAAAUUGGUUAGAAGCAAAAGUAGAUUAUGGUUCAUGAGGAAAAAAGUAUUAGAAUCAAGUUUUCAAAUGUCAUGUAAAAUGAGCAUUAUCAGUUUUUAUUUUAGAUUGCAAUGAUUUUUUUCUGUUAGCUAGAAAUUUGAUCCUAGAAAUGUAUUGACUUUUCAUAACAUAUGAAGGUUUGUGCUUUGUGGCUGAUUUUUGAUCAAGACACAACAAAGCUAAAGUGUUGACUGUGAAUGGUGACCAUGUUGUGUAGAUCUGGUGCCUUGCUGGCCGCUGCCCUGACACUAUUGGCCCCGUGAAAGAACGCUGGCAUUGUCGCUAGGACAACAUUGGGCGUGUGAAAUUCUCACACUGGGUGCCCAUUUGAACUGGAGCAUGACACUAAAUGUUGGCCUACCCAGAGCUGGGUUGUGUCUGGAGAGAGCAUUUUCAAGCCUGAUCAGAAGUACAGUCAGAUUCUGGUGCCAGUCACAAUUGGGGCAGUUUGAGAUCAUGAAUCAAGUGUGCGGCAUGAAAGGAGUGCAAUGCGCAACAUUAAAGCAUAUUGGCUUAUGUGUGAUUUACAUUUCUUUUCCCUUCUCCCACCGCCCACCACCCCCCUCUCUCCCCCCACCCCCAUAGGAUAAUGGUGCCAAAAUACUAAAAGCGCCCAGUGACAGCACUGAAUGUGCAAGUGCGGAGAGGCGUUGUGCUGGCACUUUGCAUGGUUAUAAUGAGAGGGUGCAAUGAUAGUGAAUGUCCAUAACAAACAACUUGAGAAACGAAUUGCUUGUCAAUCAAUCACUGACAUCGGUCCAUGUAUCGGUGACUUGUGAGUCAAGUCCCUUCUCCCUUCUCUUUAUGCAGAUAGUGCCACAAGCACGACUGAUGUGGUGCAAUGUAAAUGUGCAAUUUUGCAGAGAACUCAUUUGAGGUAAGCCCUUUUUUUAAAACAAAGAAAAAUUACUAGAACAUAUGUGUAGCAGACAGAGCAACUAUGUAACCCGGAAUAAAAAAUAAAAGAUCUCUUUGAUUUGAAAUAGGAUUCUGCAGGUAAAAUACAAAAAAGAAUUUAGGUGGGAAUCCUGUUAAAAUCAAUUAAAAUUCACUUUGCCUCCUUUAACCUUUAUUAGGACCCUGAAGCUCUUACUCUGUAGAAAGACUAAUUUACUAGAUUAAAGUUACCUGUUAACUCUUUGAUACAAAGGUAGGAGUUCUAUAGCUGUGUAAUUUUUGUAAAAUGAAAAGACACUUCGUUAUUUUCUUACCGAUCACUGUUGAUGUGUACAUUCCAGGUACCGAAUGGAUAAAAAAACUUUUCCAAUAUUUGAAAUUUGUGCAUGAUUUACAAAAAAGAACUUAGAUAUAUAUCUAAUUUAUUGAGUUUUUUUUUUACAAAAUAUAUGUAUUGUAGCUUUGACCGAUCUUAACAUUUGAUAUCCAGUUCCUGUUAUGUAGAUGUAAUAGUGUCAAGCAUUACUGGCAAUAGCUGAGGUUCCCAAUUUAUGUUCUGUGGUUAGAUUGGACCACUGCCUAUAAUUCAUACAUUCACACUCUUAGUAGCCAGAGGUAAGCUCAAAUAAAACAGUAAAAAUCUCCAUUCAAACCUAUUCGCCUGCCUGAAACCUGUAAAAGGUCACAGAUGGUCUUGUUGGAGUUUAAAAAAGAAACUAGCACUGAACAAUAUCUGUCUGCCUUUAUGAAACUUUGUUAUUAACAUGGAACUGUUCCAUUCCACAAAAAUAA